UCUGAUCGUAUCUGAUAGCCAAUGCUGAAUGCUGAGAAAAUCUUAUAUUUGAAUGGUUUGAAUUUGCCGCGAACCGUUGACAGCCUCUUUGAUAGAUGGCCACAGCAGUCAUCGUGUCGUCUGUUAGCGGUUUUGUUGACUCGUCGGUGGAAUCUGUCAAAAGACUAUUAAAAUCAUGGAAUCAUUGAGUGCAAGGAGGAUUUUUUUGUGAAAUAUGCGCCUCAAGUUUGUAAAAAUACUACUGGUGCUUGCAUUGCUAGGUAAUAUAGUCGUGUGGCAUAGAAUAUGGCGAUUAUUUGCGUCGCCAAGCGUAUCUCUAACCGCGACACCGGCUGCCUCUACGAUCGAAACUUCUCAGAAGUUUCAUCGACGUUUAGCAAGAUCAGUCACCGUGGUUAUCCGACAAUUCGAAACUUUUGAAAAUGAUGUGGCUUCCACAGUGGAGUCCGUAAUGAACGCCUUUCCCACCAUUCCCAUUUUAAUAAUAUGCGACGAGCUUCCAUACCCGCCGUUGGAAUUGAACUUCAAGAAUGAAACUAUGCGAUAUGUCAAGCUCAUCAAUCUCCAGCUUGACUUUAAUAAAUCUUUCGAAGAGAGAAAUCCCCUGUUUUAUAUUAGGACAAAGUUUGUCCUGUUUAUACCCGACUCCACCAGAUUGAGCGCAAAGCAAGUAUUACAGAGUAUGAUUAUCCAAGCAACUAAGUUAGGUGCCGUUUCUGUGGCUGUUGGAGCUAAUCCGUUAAGUUGUAUCGAAAUGGGGCUGAAAGUCAAAGAAUGGAGCUUAGAGAUGUCCAACGUUGAAGGAUCCAUGUGUGAUUCAAUAAUUGGACGUCAUGCUACUAUGCUGGAAGCUAAAAUUUUAAGAAAAUUAUCUGAUCCGUUUAUUCUGCCAUUCACGGACGCCUUGUACUUACAGACUACAGCUUUAGGAGCCAAAGUGCACAUAAUGAAGGAACAUCAUUUGAAUGAAGGAAAACCAUUAUUUCGAAGUCAUCAAGCCCAAUGGAAAGUACAGCAGUUAUACCAAAGUCGCGAACGCGAAAUGUUUCAAAAAUUAGCAAUAAAAAGAGUAACCCGUGCAUCUGGUUCCAUUGAAUGGUAUGGCUGUUCACGAGAAACUCCUAGAUGUUUUGGAUCCGUUAUAAAUGGAAUACCAUCAUAUCUUUAUCAGAAUCGGUUCACUCCGCCUUGUUGUUUGACAGGCUUGAGACGAGUUGCUCAUCACGUAUUUGAUAAAUUAGAAGAAGUUGGCAUUCGUUUUUGGAUAGAAGGAGAUUCUUUGUUAGGAGCGAUGAGAAACGGUGAUAUUUUACCAUGGGGACAUCAAAUAGAUAUUGGGUUGAAUCGCGAUGAUAUUUUACGAUCGCCGUGGUUGGCUAGAGCAAAAAAUAAACCCGUUUCAGAUAACUUAGGGUUUGUGUGGGAAAAGGCGACUGAGGGCGAAUUUUUCAAAGUUCAGUAUUCCAAGACAAACCACUUGCAUGUCAAUUUGUUACCAUUUUAUUCGCAGAAUGGUACUAUGAUGAAAGAUGCUUGGUUCUUGAAAAAUAAAGAUUUUCCAGAACAGUUUUUGCAUCCCAUGUCAAGUAUAGAAUUUGCUGGUAGACAAGUACCAUGUCCAAAUAAUAUAAGAGAUUUUUUAGAAAUGAAAUAUUAUAAAGGUGUGAUAGAAAACCCUGAAGUACCUGGAAAACAUUCCACUGAUUAGAAUUUUCGAAUUAUCUUUCAUAUUCCUGGAGUGGAUUAAUUAGAUGGCCACCGUAGAUCUAAUUUUUUUAAUAAAAAAAGCUAUGUUUUGGAAAUAAUGAUUCGAAAUAUAGUGUACCAAAUGUUGUGAUUUGUUGAAUCAAUAAGAGCCCUUGUUGAGUGUAAUUUUAGAUGGCCGACUGAUGAUAUAAAAUGAGCAAAGUCUCUUGUAAUGUAGUUCGCUAACUAAUGAAUUUUCUCGAUCCAUUUUAAUAAAAAUAAGAUAAGUUGAAAAUUUCUUGUUACGUAGAUAAGUACUUUGUAUAUUCAAAUAUACUAUGCAUAAGAUAUAUAUUUCAAUGUUGAAUAUACAUAGGAUCCAUGAUGAAUCAUUUUUACAACUUCCAGUAUGUGUUUUUUAUUUUUUUUAUUUCGAAGAAUGCUUUGUAUGAUGGCUUGCUUCCAAGUUUUCGAUCAAAAACAUUACAUUCCUACAACGCUAGCGUUUAAAAUGAAAUUCCUAUUGACGUACUAUUUAAUAUUCAUUCGCUAAUGUACGAAUAAGUUCAAGGUUGAAGAAAUGAAUUAAUUUUUCUUACUGUUAGUCAUUCCCUUGUGAUAUCUUUAUUAACAAUACAUAUGGCACAGCAAUAUCCUUCUAAUAUUCACAUAUACACGCGUUGAACGCAGAUUAAAAUGAUCUAGAAUCUAGAUCUUAUUUAAAAUAUUGUAGAUAUAGCAACACAGAUUCAAACGAUUUUUGAGAUUAAACUAUCUUGUUCUUCAAGUUUCAUUUAUGGCUUCGAAUGCAGUUCGUUCAAAACAGUUAUAAAAAUCACAGUUCAAAAAUAAUCAUUUCUCACGGCGAAUCAUAGGCGAUGGGCUAUGAUAGUUUUGCACUAGAUUUCUCGUUUUAUAAACUUAUGCAAACAUGUGUGUAAUAUCACUUAAGUGCUUGAUGCAAGAACAAAUACUCCACAUUAUUACUAUUUAUUAUAAGAAGUCAAUAUUUAAAUAAAUAUAUAUCUAUACAUUA